AAUCAAAAUCAAAAUCAUAAUCAUCCAUCAGCCACCUGCCCACCUGCCCACUUGCCCACUUCCCGGCUUCCCCACCUCCCACUGCCAUUUCGGAAUAGCGAACAAUGUAGAUGCAGUUGAAGAUGAAGAAGAUGCCACCCGUAAUCUCCAGGAACUCGAGGCUUUACAGGAAGAGAGGAAAACCACCUGUACAGCUCGCUCCUUUAUAGUUAGUAUCUCUUUCUCUCGCUUCUUCCUUGUUGGUUGGUGUCUUCUUUUUAAGGGGUUUUAUCACCUCCAUUAUUAUAUGGAGAUUUAAUUCGAGGAAGCUGGAACCCAAGGACGGUCUUCUGUCAUUUUUUUCCUGAUAAAUGUAUUUUACGAUGUUUCGUAAGUGAAGGCUGGAAAAACCAAGACAGGUAUAUAUUUGGUCUUUAUCCUGCAUCCUUUUCAUCUCACUGAUCUAAAAUGGGAGGAGUUCUGGGAAAGGGAGAGUCUUCCAGAAAGGGUUGGAUUCCAGAAACAAAGCUUGAAGCCAAAAUGGUUGAAGUAAUGCAGAGAAGGGCAUCUGAAGGAACAAGAAUGAAAUCAUUCAACAGCAUAAUCCUGAAAUUCCCAAAAAUUGAUGAGAGCUUAAGAAAGUGCAAGACAAUUUUUGAGCAAUUUGACACGGAUUCAAGCGGCACAAUAGAUCCAGAAGAGCUGAAACAUUGUUUUCAUAAUCUGGAGAUACCUUUCACUGAGGAGGAGAUCAGUGAUCUCUUUGAAGCAUGUGAUAUCAAUGAGAACAUGGGUAUGAAGUUCAACGAGUUCAUUGUUCUUCUCUGCCUCGUCUAUCUUCUGAAGGAGGAUCCAGCAGCUCUUCAUGCUAAAUCACAGAUGGGAUUGCCAGAUCUGGAGGCGACGUUUGAAACGUUAGUUGAUGCAUUUGUUUUCUUGGACAAGAAUAGAGAUGGCUAUGUCAGCAAAAAUGAGAUGGUGCAGGCCAUAAACGAAACUAGUUCAGGGGAACGCUCUUCUGGUCGAAUAGCAAUGAAGAGAUUUGAGGAGAUGGACUGGGAUAGAAAUGGAAUGGUGACCUUCAAGGAGUUUCUUUUUGCCUUCACAAGUUGGGUUGGGAUCGAUGACGUUGAUGAAGAUGGAGCAGAGAGUUUAAAUUGAAAUCAAACAAUUGUGGGGGCACUUUCCCUACACUUGGUAGUGGUACUACGAGCUGGUUAUUACUUAAGAGUGGUCAAGUUCUGGUGUAAGGUUGUAGUUUGAAUUUCCAAUAAUGGACUAAUAAAACAUCCAGAAUCAGUACCACUAAUUCUCCUCUUAUGUUUUCUGAAUUUCAUUGUAAAUAUUCUAAAACUAGUAGAACUCAGCAGAGUCACAAUAAGAGACUAUAUAAACUUAUUCAGUGGAUUCUAGAA